AUGCCCAGAAGAAAGGACAAGGAGAAGGAGAAGGAGAAGGAGAAGGAGAAGGAGAAGGAGAAGGAGAAGGAGACGGAGAAGGAGGAAGAAGAAGAAGAAGAGAAGAACAAGGAGAAGAACAAAGAGAAGAACAAAGAGAAGAACAAGGAGAAGAACAAAGAGAAGAACAAGGACAAGGACAAGGAGAAGGAGACAAAGAAGGAGAAGGACAAGGACAAGGAGAAGGAGGAAGAGGAAGCAUACGCGCGCAGGCGCGCGCGCAUAUAG